AUGAACAAUACCAGACAAACCUUCCUUGACAUUCUCUGGAAGGGUGCAACUUGUGCAUCAUGCCUUUUGAUGGCUGUUGCUGUGUCCUACAGUAGGGUAUAUCUGCUCUACCAUACUACAAGUCAAGUCAUGAUGGGUGUGUGGGUAGGAAUUGCCUUAGGUGUCAUCUGGUUUGGACUAGUCCACUACCUCUUCACUCCUAUUUUUCCUGUUAUUGCCAAUUGGCCAAUAUGCAAGUUUUUCCUGGUGAAGGACACAACUAACAUUCCAAAUCUUAUGACAUUUGAGUUUGAGAAUGUGGAACAGUACAAUGCCCCACAUCUCAGUCCCAGGAGGAAUGCUGGUGCCAUCCACGAAAAAGGUUCAUCCUUGCGGCGGAACAGAAGGGGCCCCAAGACUGACUGACUCAUUUUACUUUGCUAUUCAGCUUGGUUUUGUCAUGGUUGGAAAAUUCUUCCAGCAAGCAGGAUCUCUUGCUGACUUGUACUGUUCCUCAUAUCUCUUUCUAGAAGUUUCCACUAUUGAUUUCAGAGUAUAAUGACAGACAAAUUGAGCAUAUUAGCUGAAUACCUAAGAUAUAUUUUCCUUUGAGUAAUUGCAUUACUUUAUUACCUUGCAUAUUGUGGUAUUAUGACAUAAAUGAAAUUUAGCAGAUUUGAGGAGCUCGUUAAAAUAACAUCAAACUCAACUUGCUGGAUCAGUUGGAGGCAAACCAGGAUUUUAGUUCCAGUGGGGGGAAAGUUUAAUAUUUCAUUUGCAGCUGCACAGAGAGCA